AUGAGAGACGACAACGCAGACAACACCCAGACAGACGAAUUACUGCGGCAUAUUGUCAUCAACUUCGUGAUCGCCAGUCGGGAUGUUAAUGGGACUGUACUUAUCAACUUCGUGAUCGCCAGUCGGGAUGUUAAUGGGGUGACACUCACAUGGCUUGUCUACGAGCUGAGUAUGCACUCAGAUGCGUCACACAGACUGUACUUAGAGCUCAGAGACUAUGAGAUCCGGAGACAAUUCGAAUGUGAAUGUUCGGUGGAGCAGUAUUGGGAUGUCGACAUGCAAGACGAGGACUACGAGACACUUCGACUUCACCCUGCGGUGCCUCUUGACGGGAGGGACAUAGAAGAAGACGACACACUUCCAGCAGGAGACGUCUUCAUAAGCAGCCAGAAAGGGAACGUCUUCUUUGCACCAUAUUCUAUGGCUCGAAUGACGUCUAUCUGGGGUCUGGAUGCUGCACUGUUCAACCCAGAUCGUUGGCUGCAGAGUGAUAAACUGGAGCCAGCAUCUGACAACAAGUUCGUGACGUUCCAGAACUUUGUGAUAUAUGUGCAUGCGGGUCUUUAUACUGGAGCUGUGAAAGACUUGACUUACCAGAGUUGCAAGGUAGUAGCAACUAUUCUGGUUCGGUUUUUUGAAUUUAUCCGCGCGUGUCCCUGUUGUGAUGACUUAAAUCCAAAGUCUGAAUCACACACUUUGACACGUAGUACUGGGGUCUCGCUGCCGGGGCGCGAAGUCCCCCGUCCCCAGUCCAAGGGGACUUCGCCCCGGGCCGUUAAUGAUUCGUCUAUUUUGUAUAUUAGGCCGAUGUCUUGCAGCUCAAUUCUGUUUAGCGUUGAAGGACCAAUGGGGAGCUACAAUGCCUCAAUGAAGAAUGUAUCGGAUCUUUUUGUGUUUCAUGGUGGGACUACGGCAUCAUCGGAAAAUGUUUGUAAAUUUGUAGAUAGCAUGUCCGAUCAUGUUCUGAAUGUGACCGUCGGGUUCAGGUUCCUAACAGUUCCCUGGAAUCAACUUUCUCCCACUUCACACAUUUCUGAAACAACUACGUUCACCGCAACAUUGCAGUUGUUCAGAUCACCCGAAAGCAAUGUCAGAUUUUUCAGAUGA